CGCACAACCUCCCCGAGUAAACCGGCACUCCCCCCUGGUCUCUCCCUCCUCGUCCCAUUCACACGCGCGAUGGCUCCCCUGCUCCUCCACCUCCUCCAUGUUCUGCUCCUCCUCGCCGCAGCCGACGCCUUCCCUGCUACCUGCAGCAACACCACCUGCGGCGACCAGACGAUCGCCUACCCGUUCUGGCUCAACUCUUCAGUAGCGUCCGACUGCGGCUACCCCGGGCUCGGCCUUGCCUGCAAGAACAACGCCAGUCUGCUCCUCCCCGUCCAGUCCCACUGGUACAGAGUCGUCGCCAUCGACUACACCACGCACACCAUCUGGGUCUCCGACCUCGACGUCGGUGUUGGCGAGUACGGCCCCGGCUGCCCGCGCCUCCACGUGAACCUCAGCAUCGACUACACGAGCUCCUGGUUGCAGCUCACGCCCUCCGACUCCAACAUCACCUUCCUCUACAACUGCAAGAAGAACGUAUCUUGGUCCUCCGCCGUGGAAUUGAGUGGGUGCCAAGAUUAUGAUGGCAAGAGGUCGUACGUCUUCCCGGAUGGUGGGAUCACGGGUGCUGAAGCGUACGAGUACGAGUGCGAGGAGGUGGUGGUGGCGCCGGUGAUGGCCUUACACAAGGACGGAAUGUUGGGCGCCCCUGGCGUUCCGCCUCUGGCGAACGGAUCGUUCGGUGGCCUGGUGAGGGCUGGGUUCGAGUUGAUGUACAACGCUCACUCCCAGCAGUGCGGCCGAUGCGAGCGCUCCGGCGGGUGGUGCGGCUACCGGCGCAGCGAGACGCACGGUGGGCUCGGAUUCACCUGUUUCUGCGACGGCGGCCUGACCUCGGAUCGUUGCGGGCAUCACAACAGAAUUAGAAUGUAUGCUAUUGUCAGCACCUCGGCCCUACUGCUGCUGUGUCUACUUAUCCUAGCAUUCUUCUUGGCUCACAAACAUAGUUUGUUGUCCAUUAAAUCGAAGGACGCACCAAGCAUUGAGUCCUUUCUACAAAAGAAUAGAAAUUUACAUCCAAAAAGAUACACUUAUGCAGAAGUGAAAAGAAUGACAAAGUAUUUUUCUGUAAGGCUAGGCCAAGGUGGAUUUGGUGAUGUAUACAGAGGCAACCUCUCCGAUGGCCGCCAGGUAGCAGUUAAGAUGCUAAAAGACACCAAGGGUGAUGGGGAGGAAUUUAUGAAUGAGGUUGCUAGCAUUAGCAGAACUUCUCAUGUCAAUGUUGUUACCUUAUUAGGAUUUUUCUUGCAAGGAUCCAAAAGGGCACUCAUUUACGAGUACAUGCCUAAUGGUUCACUUGAAAGGUAUGACUUCAAUAACAACAUAAAAAGUGAAAAUACACUAACUUGGGAGAAAUUAUUUGACAUAGCAGUUGGUAUUGCUCGAGGACUUGAAUAUCUCCACAGAGGAUGCAAUACUCGCAUCGUGCAUUUUGACAUCAAACCCCACAACAUUCUAAUAGAUCAAGAUUUCUGUCCUAAGAUCUCUGAUUUUGGAUUGGCCAAGCUAUGCCUGAACAAAGAGAGUGCUAUCUCAAUUGUUGGUGCAAGAGGAACAAUAGGCUAUAUUGCCCCAGAGGUCUACUCAAAGCAAUUUGGAACAGUAAGUAGCAAAUCUGAUGUCUACAGUUACGGAAUGAUGGUCCUUGAGAUGGUUGGGGCAAGGGACAAGAGUAUCAAUGCAAAUAGUGAGUCUAGUAGCCAAUAUUUUCCUCAGUGGAUUUAUGAGCAUUUGGAUGACUACUGUAGCAGUGCUUCCGAGAUUAAUGGUGAGACCACAGAACUCGUGAGAAAGAUGAUAGUGGUAGGUUUGUGGUGUAUACAAGUGAUUCCAACUGAUCGGCCAACAAUGACUAGAGUUGUCGAGAUGCUAGAAGGUAGCACAGGUAAUCUGGAAUUGCCACCAAGGGUGCUCCUGAGUUGAUAAGCAUCCAUAUGUUUCUAUUAAAAGGUAACUCAUUCCACUGCAAACAUUUAUGUAAUUCACAAAAAUUAAAGGCACUCAUCAAAUGAUGAUGUUGGUAUGUAAAUGCUAAAUGGCGACAAAACUAAGGAUUGUUUAGUGGGUUUGCUAAUAUAAAGUUGUAUGAUUGUAUCAUUUGGAUCAGACUCGCUACAUGUACUGACUCUCUUUUGUGCACUUGCACUCAAAUUAUUCGACAACUGCAUCAUAAAUUCAGUAGUUGAGUCGGGAUUCAAAUAACAAUCAAUCCCUUGGAAGUAGAAUACAAACUAUAAAUGGCAAGUAAAAUAUUUCAUGUAA